GGGGGCGUUGAGAGGCCGCUAGAGAGCAGCCAGUGUCUGCAUUGAGCUGUGUGCUGGCAGGGGGAAACUGAUCGUGGCAGGACAGAGAUGUAGUGUAGCUCGCUGGGACUCCGUGGCCAGUCGUCUGUCACUUUUGCCGCGGAUAAUUUGUCUGACAUUAGCGCGGAAUGGGAAAAAUCGGAUUAUUUUUUUUGCACAGUCACAUUGCAUGAAUGUGUCGCGUAAUGCGACCGAGAAGAGCUGCCUUUGGGGGGAAAUAUUUAUGGUUCGGGACGGUUUUGUUGGUGUAGGUAGUUGCUAGCGCUGGGCUAGCGACUGUGCUGGCUACUUUGAACGUAUUUUUGCAAGGAUGCUACGGUGGAUACGACAGCAGCUGGGCUUUGACCCCCCUCAUCAGAGUGAGACCAGGACGGUUUAUGUAGCAAAUCGUUUCCCCCAGCAUGGCCACUACAUACCGCAACGCUUUGCUGACAACAGAAUCAUCUCCUCCAAGUACACAGUUUGGAAUUUUGUCCCUAAGAAUCUGUUUGAGCAGUUCAGAAGGAUAGCCAACUUCUAUUUUCUUAUUAUCUUCCUUGUACAGUUAAUGAUAGACACCCCGACAUCCCCAGUCACCAGUGGUCUGCCUCUCUUCUUUGUGAUCACAGUAACUGCCAUAAAACAGGGCUACGAGGAUUGGCUGAGACACAAGGCGGACAACGAGGUAAAUGGGGCUCCAGUAUUUGUGGUUCGCAGUGGAAGUCUGGUCCAGACAAGAUCCAAGAACAUCAGGGUGGGGGACAUUGUUCGUGUGGCUAAAGAUGAGACGUUCCCAGUUGACCUGGUGUUGCUGUCGUCGGAUCGUGCAGAUGGCACCUGUCACAUCACCACAGCCAGCCUUGAUGGAGAGACCAACCUUAAAACUCACUACUCUGUGGCAGAGACAGCAGUGUGUCAGUCCGUGUCCCAACUGGAGGCUCUGCAGGCUGUGGUGGAGUGUCAACAACCAGAAGCUGACUUGUACAGAUUUGUCGGUCGGAUUACGGUGACUCAGCAUGGAGAGGAGAUAGUCAGACCGCUGGGUCCAGAGAAUUUGCUGCUGCGAGGAGCCAGGUUGAAAAAUACCAAAGAGAUUUAUGGUGUGGCGGUUUACACAGGGAUGGAGUCCAAGAUGGCCCUCAACUAUAAGUGCAAGUCCCAGAAACGCUCUGCAGUGGAGAAGUCCAUGAAUACCUUCCUAAUCAUCUACCUGGGCAUCUUGCUGUUCGAGGCCAUCCUCAGCACCAUCCUGAAGUAUGCCUGGCAGGCUGAGGACAAAUGGGACGAGCCUUUCUACAACCAAAAGACUGAACAGGAGAGAAACAGCAGUCCGAUCUUGAAAUUCAUCUCAGACUUCUUGGCAUUUCUGGUCCUCUAUAACUUCAUCAUCCCCAUCUCGCUCUACGUUACUGUGGAGAUGCAGAAGUUUCUGGGCUCUUUUUUCAUUGGCUGGGAUUUGGACCUUUACCAUGAGGAGAGUGACCAGAAAGCUCAGGUCAACACCUCUGACCUCAAUGAGGAGCUGGGACAGGUGGAGUAUGUGUUUACAGAUAAGACGGGUACACUAACAGAAAACGAGAUGCAAUUCCGUGAGUGUUCAAUUAACGGAAUCAAGUACCGGGAAGUUAACGGCAAACUGGUGCCAGAGGGAAUGACUGAAGAUUCACCUGAUGGUUCUGCGCCUCACCUGAUUGGUGAUGAAUUGUUAUUUCUCAAGGCAGUGUCAUUGUGUCACACUGUUCAGAUCAGCUAUGACCAGCCAGACAGCUUGGUUGGGGGAGGAGACCCAUUCUCCCAUGCAAACGGUUUCUCUUCCAGUUACAUGGAAUACUACGCCUCUUCACCGGAUGAGAAAGCCUUAGUAGAAGCAACAAAGAGGAUCGGAGUGACCUUCACUGGCAGCAGGGGAGAUACCAUGGAGAUCAAAACAUUUGGCAAGUCAGAGAGAUAUAAACUGCUCCAUGUGUUAGAGUUUGAUUCUAACCGCAGGAGGAUGAGCGUCAUACUGCAGACUCCCUCAGGAGGCAAAGUGCUGUUCACCAAGGGUGCAGAGUCGGCCAUCUUGCCUUUCGCUACCAGUGGUGAGAUAGAAAAGACAAGACUGCACGUUGACGAGUUUGCCUUGAAAGGUUUGCGGACCUUGGUGGUGGCAUGUCGCCACUUCAGCCCAGAGGAGUACAUUGAUGUGGACAGGUGUCUGAACGCUGCCCGCACCGCGCUGCAGCAGAGGGAGGAAAGACUGCAGGAGGCCUUCAGCUACAUCGAAAGAGACCUGCAGCUGCUGGGAGCGACGGGAGUUGAGGACAAACUCCAAGACAAAGUCCAGGAGACUAUUGAGGCUCUUCGGCUGGCAGGGAUCAAAGUAUGGGUGCUGACAGGAGACAAACAUGAGACUGCGGUCAGCGUCAGCCUGUCCUGUGGCCACUUCCACAGAACCAUGAACAUCCUUGAGCUUCUGCAACAACGUUCUGAUAACGAGUGUGCUGAGCAGCUCCGCAUACUGGCCAGGAGGAUAAAGGAGGACCAUGUCAUACAGCACGGAUUAGUCGUAGAUGGAGCCAGUCUGUCUUUAGCCUUGAGGGGGCACGAGAAGCUUUUUAUGGAAGUGUGUAAAAACUGUUCAGCUGUGCUGUGCUGCCGCAUGGCCCCGCUGCAGAAAGCUAAGGUGGUGCGUCUUUUUAAAACGUCUCCGGAGAAACCCAUCACCCUGGCUAUUGGGGAUGGAGCCAAUGAUGUCAGUAUGAUACAAGAAGCUCACGUGGGCAUAGGUAUCAUGGGGAAAGAGGGUCGUCAGGCCGUGAGAAACAGUGACUAUGCAAUUGCCAGGUUUAAGUUCCUGGCUAAAUUACUGCUGGUCCACGGUCACUUCUACUACAUUCGAAUAGCUACGCUUGUACAGUACUUUUUCUACAAGAAUGUGUGUUUCAUCACGCCCCAGUUUUUAUACCAGUUCUUCUGUCUGUUUUCACAACAAACUCUGUAUGACAGUGUUUACCUGACACUGUACAACAUCUGCUUCACCUCGCUGCCCAUCCUGGUGUACAGUCUGUUUGAACAGCUGGUCCAUCCACACGUACUGCAGAAUAAACCUGGUCUGUACAGGGACAUCAGCAAGAACUCUCUGCUGUCUUUCCGGACAUUCCUGUACUGGACCCUGUUGGGCUUCUGUCACGCCUUUGUCUUCUUCUUCGGAUCCUACAUACUGAUGGGGGAAGACACCACGCUUAUGGGCAAUGGACAGAUCUUGCGAGCUAACAGGCAGCUGAUGUUUGGAAAUUGGACAUUUGGAACGCUGGUCUUUACUGUCAUGGUCAUCACUGUCACAUUAAAGCUUGCUUUAGAGACUCAUUUCUGGACAUGGAUGAACCAUUUUGUGACGUGGGGUUCAAUUGCCUUCUACUUCAUCUUCUCUCUCUUCUACGGAGGCAUUAUCUGGCCAUUCCUCCACACCCAGGACAUGUACUUUGUAUUUGUGCAGCUGCUGUCCAGCGGUUCGGCCUGGUUUGCCAUCAUCAUCAUCAUCAUAACUUGCCUCUUUCCUGAUGUGGUGAAGAAGGUCUUCUACAGACAUCUGCAGCCCACUAGCACACAGAAGAGUCAGUCUCUAUCGGUCCCCCAAGCGCAGGCCCUCAGCUGUGUGGAGUCCCUGUGCUGCUACCAACAUGGGCAGAGCAGCUGUUCCCGCCUGGCCCACCUCCUGGAGCAAAUGACUGGGCAGUGCCAGGCCAGCACCAACCAUUGCCACGCAUCUAGCCGCAGCAACAGAUCUUGGAGCGACACGGAGAACUUCUACUCCAACGAUCGCAGCAUCCUGACGCUGUCGCCCAUCGAGGCCACCCACUGCUGACUCCCAGGGCCGCUGACUGUAACUGGGGGAGAGCUACUACUCCGCUAUCUAGACAUAAUCACACCCACACCCCCCUGCCACCAUUUUAUAAACCUACUUCAAUUUAAAGUCAAUGCAUCCUCAGUUGGAUGCAAAGCGGACACAGAUGGGAGCUGUCGUAUUAUGUGAAACCAAAGGACUCGGCUCGGUGCAGCAGGCUGCUUUAGCUUUCACCAAUUUGUUUCCCUGAGUGAAUCAAUUCUUAGUAGAAAGGUUGAGAAGGACAUCAGAUGGGAGCUGCAACAUGGAAGGAAAUGAAAUAUGAGGUGUGAAGCAAGUCAGCAUGGCAUGAAGCAGACAUCUGUGGAGCUACUCCGGUAGAAAGAUCAAGUCAACAAAGUAUCUGAAAACUCCAUAUUUAAAUUCAGUACCUUUUUAAAAGGUUAGAGAAGACAUGUCAGCUCACAGGCGCUGCCCUCUGAGAUCAGCCCAGGUACAUGGACUCUCAGCAGCUGUUUAUUUUUAUUAUAACAGUACAGUUGCCAGACUUAUUUUUUCUUGCAGCUGGUGUAAAAAUGACCGUACUGUAACUCUUACAUAUUUGUAGACACCUAAUGAAGAUUCCUGACGAUAUGAACUCUUUGCUACAAACAAUAGCUAAUAUCAGGUUACAGUCCUCGGGCUGCAAUGCUUCGAGCAAGACUGACACCUAACAAGCUGGUUUCGACAUGCUGACUAACCUCAACACAGGACUGAGGUGGCUUGUAGACACCAGCUACCAUGAUCAUCCAUGUAGCACCAGGACAGGAGCUCUGCAAAGUCCGACUGCAUUAAGAGUUCAUCUCAGAAAUGUCGCCUAGCAGCUAAGGCCCAACAUCAUGCUGCUUCCAUAGACUGCUAUAUAAACUUCCUCUUCGAGCUGUCGGCCCCGCUGCACCUUUGUUUCUCAUUCAGAUGGAAAGGGGAAAACGCUAGACUAUCCUGUAGCUUUCAGAGCUGUACAAGCAGAUUCAUCUCUACCACGGAACCAAAGACCAAAUGAUUCAGACUGGAAUUUAAAAGAUAAAGUGUUUAUUUUUGUGCCUGAUUGUACAGAAGCUUAUAUUGUUAAGUAGACUAUUAUUAUUGUUCGUGCUGCUUUCUCGUCUGACUGUUCAGGCCUCUGUCUCCCCGGUGCGCUGCUCUGAAGGAGGCCAGAUGGGGUCUGUUUAAAAAGCCAUACAUUUUCAAGAGGUUAUAUUAUUGAUAGAUUAUUGAAGGUAUUGCAGAUAGAAGCUGUUUGAGCCUGUUGUUACUUUGUGUUUGGAAACUUGUUCCCCUUGAAUGCCUUUUUUCAUUCAGCCCGGUUAGCAAAGGCAUCUUAGCAUUGAAGACCACGAUGCUCAGGGAAUAUUUUAAGUAAAGUUUUUAUAACUGGACGUAGAAUCAUCCCUCUCAAUUGCCUAAAAAUAUUUCCUGAGUAUCGGAUCAGAUCAUGGUACCAUUUUUAUUUCAGUGAGACAAAAAUGGCUUUAAUGGCGAGAUACUUUUCCAAAUCAGGGCUGAUACAUGUCGACCCAGACAGCAGAAUGUCUCGAUAUUUAUAGAUAGAUAUAUCAGAUAAAUAUAAUUCGCUUCAAUAGAGAUGAAAAAAAAGCAGAGCAUUUGCACAAGUCACAUAUCAAAAUCACAUUUUGUUGUUUUUCUUUUUGUUGUUUCUCAAAUCAUUGCUUGUCUCUCACCAUUGAAAUCAUCUGAAUCAUGUUUUUGCUGUUUGCUUGCCAUGUGUGUUUCUUUCCACAUGUUGGCGAAGUGUGUGUGUGUGUGUGUGUGUGUGUGUGUGUGUGUGUGUGUGGAAGUGUUGGUGUGUUUCUUGUAUGGCAGCCAUGUUGGUUGAAGGAAAUACGGUACGUAGCCUUGUAGUAAGCUCUUGUACGAUCUCAGUGGCCACAUGCUACCCGCAGAUCUAAGGUCAAAUGUUUCUCUUUGAUGCUCAAUUUGCCCUCUCUUUUUCCAAAAAAAGUGAAAUGAGGAAAAGUUUUGACGGUUCUUAUUUUUAGGAGAAUUCAGUUGACUCCAGAAGGUGACUGGCAGCUGACAGAAGUUUAAUGUAGAAACCUUUCAAGACAACCGUUUUAAACUUGACAUCAACAACCACACAAUGACCAGUACAUGCCUCAGGAUAGGAGGAGUCAUAGGAUGUUUCUGUUACUACGGUUACUGUUUGAAGACAUUGAGGUGUUCCUCAACAGCUCAAAAUCAGUCAGUAAUGUUUUGUUGGUCAAUUCAUUUAAUAUUAUAUUUUCUAUAUGGUACAUGCUGUUGGAUGCAUACCUGGGCUUGUUAUAUACUUUCUGUUCAUACAGGUCACAAUGAAAGUGUAUUUAUUAUUGCAGUACUUUUUUCUGUUUGUGUUGAACUUUUCUUACAUAUCAAUAUAUAUGUGUGUGUUCUAUACUUGGCCUGAAUGCAGCAACUUCCCAAGAUGUUUUACUUGAUCUUAGACGUGUAAUCUGGAGGUUCAACCUCCAUCGAAGCUCUUUUUUUGUUUGACCUGAAAGGUGUGACAGUGCAGCUGGGAGCUGUCAGCUGCAACCCUGUAAGUUUGUUACAGGACAUUUAAAAGAGCAAAAGGACACUUGGAAACUUUCAAUUAGAUCACUCCAUCCAACAACCCACCAGUUCUUUUUUGACCAUUUGAGUUUAUAUCUACUAUUAAAAUGUCUACCUGCAUACACCUAUGAUACCUGUAAUCUGUACCUGGAUUAGGAAAAAUACUGCUGUUUAAAAGCAGCACUUCACCAAUGUUACACAUAAAAGGUUAGUUUCUUCAUCAUGGAAAGCACUAUUCAGCCUGUGAAAACUGUUGUACAAUGUCCGCUGUGACUCUGAAGGGAGCUGAGAAAUCAACCCUGAUGAUGUCAUCUUGAGUUAGGCUCUAGCCUUCAAAAAUUUGACAGAAAACCUUCAUUAUAAACUAGGGGCAUGGAGUUUGAAAGAUGAGGGCAUGUAACAGGCAGGAGUACCCGUUAAGAUGCCAUUGGGUUGCAUUACGUGAAUUGUAGGAUCCAGUGUUUUUGGAGCUAGACCCAUACGAGGGACUUUAACUCAGGAUAUCUUGGUCUCUGCUGCAUUCAUUCUGACCGUUCUUUUUUAUGGAACUUUAUGGAAAUGCAAUACUAAAUCCAAGAGUACCCCUUUAAUACCUUAAAAAAAAAAAAAGUCAAAUUUGAUGCAGCAGAGGCAAAGAUAUCCAGACUUAAACACUGGAGCCUGCAACUUUUGUAAGGUUCUCCAUCAGUGUUAUUUUUUUCAAACUUUGGAAAGCUCCUCCAGAGCCGCAGAAAAAAUAUUCAACUGUUUUCACAGACUUACUAGUACUUUAUUGUGACAAGUAAAAUGUUUCCAAUAUUGAUACAUAUGAUCACAAAACCGCAGAUAAGUUGAUCCAAAUUUUGUAAAAAGAUAAUCAUCAUCAAAAUGUCAGAGUGUGAUUCCACUGACGGUCAGUAGAUCACAAUAUUGAAUCAUCACCGAGCCCUUAAGGUGUGAUGUGCCAGGAGAAAACAUUCACCCAGGGAGUUCAAACCAAAAAUGGAAAACCCUCCUCUCUGGAAUCAGCGAUAAACUCAGUGUUCAGGAGAAUUUGGGGGCAUCAGUACUGUGACCCUGCUGACAAGUCCUUCGUGGCCAAAGGUAAAUCAGGCGGAGCUGUGCAGAAACACCUGAAGUACUGAUACCCCCUUGUGCUCACCUACAGAGACCCAACGUGUUCAAAAUUACAUAAAAACACUGACAUCAGUCAUUAUAUGGCUAAAUACAAACAAAAUAUAUAGGUGUGUCCUAAUUACAGGGAUGUACAAAUAAGCGACAAGUAGUAGUUACAUGAUUUAAAAAAAAAAAUGCCUCUACCAAUAAACAAAACAAAAACCAAGUCAGUUUUGAUUCAAAGCAGACAACCAGAAUACAUGUAAAUGUGGUUAUGUAAUUGCAAUUUUAUCGCGACUGUAUGUCCAGGUAACGAUUUUUAUUGAACAUAUCAAAUGUUAUUGGGGCCCAAGUGGCACUCAAGUGAUAGAUGCUAUAUUUUUUUUUAGAUCAGAUGAGACAAUAGUAACAACCAGGAGCUGAUUCUCCAAAGUAUCACAGCACUGACGUCAUUACAAGAGAGCAACAUGGGUUGGAUACGAGGCCUCUGGGGUAUUUCUAGAAACAGGAGAUUACUCAGCCAUGUAAUUAAAAAAAAAAUGGUAAUUUAAUAUUUUAAUCAGUCCUCAACUACAGAUGAUCAUAUCAUCCAUCAGAAGCACCAUCCAAGUUUAAUUGGAAACCUUAUUAAAGACACCAAGAGCUGUUAAACUCUGUCUACAGGUGUGGUUUUAAACCAUGUACACGUGCUUCUGGUAAGAAAGAAAGUUUUGAACUGAAAAACAUGUAGAAAUGCUGACCGAUGACGUCAGUGGAGAGAUGCUCUUGGACAACUCAGCCACAGUUUGCAGACUUGAAUCAAAUUAAGGUUUCCUUGAUCAAAUCAGCUAAUCAAAUCAGCUAAAAAGAGUGUCCGAUCAGUUUUUCAGCAUCAGCCAGUACAACACGAGGCUGCAGAUUGUCAGUGCUGAACAGUUUGUUGAAAUAAUUUUUAUUCUCUCCUCAUCAGUAAAUCAUGCUGCAACAGACAAUUAAUAAACCACCAUCAUCACUCUUCUGUUCACCGAUAUCUGGCUGUCUGCCCUCCUCCUCCUGUCUGUAAAUCUGUCUUAUAGCUGAUGUUUAUGAAGAUGCGGUUCUAUUUACGAAAUAAAUACAUUUUUAAGAAACA